CGGGGCGGAGGCUGAGGCGGAGGGGGGGCCCGCCUUCCGCCCGCCCCGCGUCCUCUCAGCGGCGGCGCCCCGACGGGGGAGGGAGGCCUCCUCCUCCUCCUCCUCCUCAGCCUUGUCCGCGGCGGCCGGGACCGGGUCGAGGCGGGCGGCGGCGGCGGCUGCGCGAGCGGGCCGGGCCGGGCACUACUUCCCGAGGCGCUCCACGGCCGCCGCCUGCCUGCCUGCCUGCCUGCCUGCCCGCGUUGGUGCCCGUGCGGGGGGGGGGGGCGGCGGCGGCCCCUUCUCCUCCUCCCUCCCUCCCUCCCUCCCUCCCAACCUCCGGGCAGGCGGGUGAGGCGCCCUCGAGGCCCUCCCUCCCUCCCUCCCUCCCUCCCUCCCGCCAUGAACCCGCCGCAGCCGCCGCCGCGCAUGGCCGCCAUCGGCACCGACAAGGAGCUCAGCGACCUGCUGGACUUCAGCGCGAUGUUUUCCCCGCCCGUGAACAGCGGGAAGACCAGGCCGACCACGCUGGGCAGCAGCCAGUUCGGAGGAUCCGGUAUGGAAGAACGGGCCGGCUCUGCUUCCUGGGGGACGAGUGGUCCAUCCAGCCCGUCAUAUGAACCUGCAAGGGAAAAUGGCAGCCUCCUUGGGAAAAGCUCAGAUCUCUCGACAGCCCUUGAGAAGCUGAAACACGAAGAGGGUUUUGCAGACAGCCCGCAUUAUGAUGAUCACUUGAAUGAGAGUCGAUUAGGGCCCAGUGAAGGACUGUCCCCAACACCUUUCACGAACUCAAAUCUGAUGGGAAAAACCACAGAGAGAAGUCCGUUCCCCUUGUUUGGUCGAGAGCCAGGACUUGCAGGCUGCCAGUCCAGUCUGCUUCGGCCAGAUGUCGGGCUUGGAAGCCCUGGUCAGAUGCCAUCCUCAGGAAAAGCUGGGACGCCGUAUUUCGCAUUUUCUGCCACCAAUCCCAGGCGAAGGCCUCUUCACGAGUCAUCUUCCCUUGAUUCUCUGCAGACAAAGAAAGUAAGAAAGGUGCCCCCUGGUUUGCCUUCUUCUGUUUACGCGCCAUCUCCUAAUUCCGAUGACUUCAACAGGGAAUCGCCCAGUUACCCGUCUCCGAAGCCCCCCGGCGGCGUGUUUGCCAGCACUUUCUUUUUGCAAGAUGGGACCCACAGCGCUUCUGACCUUUGGAGCCCUUCCAACGGGGUGAGCCAGCCCGGCUACGGUGGGAUUCUCGGCAGCUCCUCGUCUCACAUCUCCCAUCCAGGUGGCUACGGCAGCCUCCACACCCACGAGCGCCUGAGCUACCCCCCACAUUCAGCCUCACCCACAGACCUCAACACCAGUCUUCCCCCCAUGUCCAGCUUUCACCGGGGCAGCACCAGCAGCUCCUCGUACGCUGCAGCCUCUCACACUCCCCCUGUGAAUGGAUCAGACAGCAGCAGCAGCGUCCUGGUGAACCGAGGCAAUGCUGCAGGAGGCUCCCAGACUGGGGAUGCCCUGGGGAAGGCCCUGGCUUCCAUUUACUCACCAGACCACACCAGCAGCAGUUUCCCAUCAAAUCCCUCGACGCCUGUUGGAUCCCCGUCACCUCUCAGUGGUGCCGGCCAGUGGUCGAGGGCUGGAGGCCACGCCCCGUCGUCCCCAAACUAUGAAAACUCUCUGCACUCCUUGAAAAACCGCGUCGAGCAACAGCUUCACGAGCAUUUGCAAGAUGCUAUGUCAUUCUUAAAGGAUGUCUGUGAGUCCCGGAUGGAGGACCGCUUGGACAGACUGGACGACGCGAUCCACGUGCUGCGCAACCACGCGGUGGGGCCUUCGACCAGCCUGGCCGGGGCCCACGGAGAUAUCCACAGUUUGCUGGGACCAUCCCACAACAGCUUGGGCUCGAAUUACGGAGCGUCCAGCCUCGUCACAACCAGCCGGCUGGGUCCCUCUCACCGGGAAGACAGCGUCAGCCUCGGGAGUAGCCACUCUGUCCUGCCUGGCACCGGUCCUGCUCCGAAUUCAGAACUCCACCAUAAAGCACAAGAAAGCUUCAGAGCGCUGGCAGCGGGGUUGCCGAGCCAGUCUGUCACGUUGGGCCCAGCCAAGAUCAAGUCAGAGCACAAGGAGAGGGAUGAGAACGCCCACGACCCCGCCUCCUCCGAUGACAUGAAGUCUGACGACGAGGCCUCCCAGAAGGACAUCAAGCUCUCAUCCAGAGGCAGGACAAGCAGCACUAAUGAAGACGAGGACUUGAACCCGGAGCAGAAGCUGGAGCGAGAGCGGGAGCGCAGAAUGGCCAAUAACGCCCGGGAGCGGCUGCGGGUGCGAGACAUCAACGAGGCGUUCAAGGAGCUGGGCCGGAUGUGCCAGCUGCACCUCAAGAGCGAGAAGCCCCAGACCAAGCUGCUCAUCUUGCACCAGGCUGUGGCCGUCAUCCUCAGCCUGGAGCAGCAAGUCAGAGAGAGAAACCUAAACCCCAAAGCAGCCUGCCUUAAAAGAAGGGAAGAAGAGAAAGUGUCUGCCGUAUCGGCAGAGCCGCCACCCUCGCAUCCAGGAGGCCAUCCUGGGCUUAGUGAACCUACCAACCCUAUGGGUCAUAUGUGAACACCAGCCAGAGUUCUGGAAUUGGGGGGGGAGGAAGCUGCCGAGGCGGACUUCCCUUCCGAAGGACAGAGACUGAAACUAGCACUAAACGGGAGAUGCAAGAAACCCCCCCGCAAUCACUGGCCCGGCCGGCGGCCCCCCCCCGCCUCUCCUUGCCCCCCCCCCUCGUUGGGUUGCCAGCCGCCCGCUGCCCCCGCACAAUCACACCCUUCUCUCCACAGGCUGUGGGAGUUGCCUCGUGCCUAAAUCGAAUUGACAAAUGCAUUGUAACGACAAAGUUUAUUUAUUUGUAUUGGAACUGUAAAGGUCUACCUAUGAAGGGGAAAGUUAACCCGUUGUAAGCUGAUCGCAUAUUUCACUCGAUGCUGGCCGGCGUUCAGGAAGGCUGUCUGGUGUCCAGAGAGCAGAGCCACGAAAAGCCACGGCUGACCCACCUGUAGCAUUCCGAGCAAACCAAUCAGUGUCUUAGAGGUGGGGGUGGGGAGCUGGCGUUCCUUGGGCCCCCCGGCCUGGGGCCUGCCUCCUCCUUCCAGAGUCCUUCUCUGUUCAAAUCCUCCUGGUCGCAGCACCUUCUCGCAGAGAGUGUUCCGGCAGCGGCAGUCUGUGAAGAGGUUUCCACCCCUCAAGACGUGUGUUCCUGUCCAAUGAAAACCUUUUAGAGGUUUGUCAAGUUGGAUGAAGAGAACUCGCUUCCUUAGAAUCACUACUGUUCUGAGCAGCAGGUCACCUGGUCACCUGUCAGCGGUAUGCCCAGCACAAAAGGUGUGAGAAUGCAAAGAAGACCCUCCUCAUUUCCUCGUUGCAGCCUCCAGGGAACAGUCUGAUCCAAAGACCACCGCGACGGGUAGCCGGCUGAACCGACUCCUUCUCCCUGGGACGCCAGAGGAGCCGCCCCCGCCAGCCUGCCCUUAUCAUCGUUUCUCUCGCUCUUUCUCCUUUUCGUGUUGGUUGCCAGGAUGGAGGGAGGCCUGGGGCGUGGUGGCACUGGAGGGGGGGGGGAUCAAAGGAGAAGCGUCCUCCGGCGGCCUCCCUUGCUAGUGCUCUUGGGGCCAUCCCAGCUCCUUUCAAUUGCCAUAGAAACCGUCUUCCGCAGCCACACCCCAAGGGGCGAGGGGGGCAACGGAGCCAGGGCGCUCUUCCCAGUUCCAGGGCGAGUCUCGCUUCCUGGAGGCAACCUGCUUGCAUGCGCAGAAGGACCCAGAUCCGGGGAAAGAACAAACGUGUGUGGCUCCAAGCAGCUUGUGAGCGGUGGCUGUGCUUCAGACGGCUCCUGGUUGUGCCGUGACUGACUGGACUUUGGCUCGUUUUGGGCCUCUCCGGUCCCGCCCAACAAGGCGAGCGUCCGUGGCCUUGCUCUUCCUUUCCGUGUCCCUUGGCUCAACGGACUGGCGCCGACGAUGAUGACGAGUGAAAGUAGCCCCGUGCCGCUGCCUGGCCUUCUUCCUUCCGAGCUCGUUGUGUCUUGGCUACGCUAGACUUUUCCAGUCUGCUCAGAAGCUCCCCUUCAUAAAAGAGAGAGAGAGAGAGAAUAAAUCGUUUGGCUUAUUUUUCACCGUAGCUAGUCUUUUAUACAAUAAUCUUGUAAGAAAGUUUCUUGAAUUCUAAAUAUUACUCUUUCUAGAUUUUUGAAAUUGAAAAAGGUUUUCAGUAAAAAUUUUCUUACUUUAUUUUACUAUAUUAGGUAGUAAAAAAAUGUAGGGUUCUAUACCAUAACCUGUUCAUUAAUAUCAGAAAUUUACAACCGCAUUGUAAGAGCAGUGUAGGAUUCUAGCAUACCGUCGUAGUACCUAUGGAGUGUCGUAAGAGCUACUUGUCCGAGAUGAACAGCUUCUCAUCUUGUUUCUCCAGUUUCCAUUGUUGGUUUAUUGCAGAUUUGUACCCAGUGUCAAAUUCCAAGAUAUUACUGAUGAAACUUUUUUGACCAGCACUCAGAAGUCCAUCAAUCCUUUUCUGUCAGUGUAACAGAAAACACUAUGUAUAUAACAUUUAUGUACCAAUAAAUGUGCCAUCUUUUUUAA